GGAAAAGAUGGGCCUGAGCGCGGCCGGCCACGCGAGCGGCUCUCUCUUCUCGCUCUACCACAACGGACAGACGCACCUGGGGCAGCCGCCCCCCGCCCACAUGGGCAUCUCCCCGUACCAGCUGGAUCCCAAGGCCGGGUUGCGGCCGCCCGUGUACCCCUUCGCCGCCUCAGGCCAGUAUCCCUACCCUCUCGGUGCAGACUUCACGGCACAGAUGGCCUCAGCAUGGCCCACAGCCCGCAUGUACCCGCUUACCUCCUCCUCUCCGUUCAGCAGCAGCACCUACCCAUCCUCACCACUCUCCCUCUCUACCGCAACCCUGCCCAGGUUUUCUCCCAGCGGCCUGAUGCACCCGCACCCAGGUCUCACCCCGCCCCUCACGCACCCGCUCGUCGCCUCACCCAAGACCGAGCUCCCCAACACCUCCCACGACAACCACAGACAUCAUGGGCUGGACCAAAAACCAUCACUGCAGUCAAGUGACAAAACACAGAUGAUUGAAACUAAAAAUGGGGAAAAGAAACCCCAUAUCAAGAAGCCUCUGAACGCCUUCAUGCUGUACAUGAAGGAAAUGAGAGCUAAGGUAGUAGCCGAAUGCACCCUGAAGGAGAGCGCCGCCAUCAACCAGAUUCUCGGACGCAAGUGGCAUGCGCUAAGCCGCGAAGAACAGGCGAAGUACUAUGAAAUGGCGCGCAAAGAGCGCCAGCUUCAUAUGCAGAUGUACCCAGGGUGGUCUUCCCGCCAAAAUUACUCGCAGGGGAAAAAGAAGAAGCGUAACCGUGACAAAACCCAAGAUGGAGCCAAUAUGAAGAAGUGCCGUGCAAGAUAUGGGCUGGAGCAGCAGAGCCAGUGGUGUAAACCAUGCAGGCGAAAGAAGAAAUGUAUUCGAUACAUGGAAGGAGAGGAAGGUGAAGACAUGGCGCCUGGGUCAGCAGACAGCGUAGAUGCCUCGCAAGAGAGCGAUGAGGAGGAUGAUUUGCAAGACAUGUCAUCUCCCUCAACAGCACUGAUGGGUGACCACACCGCCACCUCCCCUGCAUCCUCAAGUCUGAUGCCCUCGCCUGGGCCUUCUUUGGCAUCACCGUCAGGGCCACCUUCAUUGCUCAUGCCAUCGCCAGCUUCUCUGGCUUCCCCUUUAACGCCAGGAGAAGCUCCUCAGCUACAGAUGAACCAGGUGCCCCAGGGUCCUCACCCUCACAGGCCCCCUGUGGGCACCAAUCCUCGUGACAUCAAUAAUCCUCUUAGUGUGAACCAGUUGACUGGCCAGUGUGCUAGCAACAAACCUGAGGCUGGGUCUCAAGACUCCUCACACCCAGCUAUGGUGAGCGUCACAUGACCCACUGCAACCCUAGAUACCCACGCCCACAUGCUGUGCUGGACAUGCCCACCCUCUUAUAAACACCACACUUUUGUAAAGGAGAAAGUGCUUUAAUGAAGAAUCAGGAAUUCAUGCCGGUGUAUUUUGGCUGAUACAUUGGUUGUUUUUUCAUUGAUCAGGACUAAAUUUGGGCUCUAGGUUGGGCCUGUGCCAGUACAGUCACCAAUACCUCAGUGUCAAAAGUGUGGCUGAAGACAAAGACUUGUGGCCCCUGUUUGGCACCAUCCCUGUAAAUAAUUGUUCCUUCACAUCAUGAAUCAACCCUUCAUUGUAUCACACACACAGCAGUGUUAGGUACUCUACUCUAAAGCUGCAGAGCCAGCCGUUCACUUCGUUCUAUUCUGCAACAUGGAAAAAAGUGUAAAGCAAACAAUAUUUCUGGUGAAAUCCUGGAAUCAUAUGCUGGUAAAUUUGAUAAUUAAAUGUGUCAGGAUGACCAUACCUAUGUAUAAGCCUAGACUUAGCCAGUGUUGCAGGCUAAGUAUGGAGACAGUCUUGCUUUUCUAAACUGUGAAGUGUUUAGGGAGCUGACAAAGACACUGUGCAGCCUCAGGCUAAUCAGUGUUCACCUUACAUAGGGUCUAUUUGAAAAUUCAAGCAGUGAAAAGCUGGAUUGUGUUAAUCAUUGUUGAAAUCCAAGAAAGCUGGAAAAAAAAUAUAAAAAAGACAAGAGAGUCAGUUUCAUGAAGAGUUAUUUAUUGGCAAACAAGUUAUAGCUGCAAACCGGUGAGGGAACCCUGCACAUCACCUUAUACUAUAAGCCACUAUAUGAAAAGAUCAGAGCUGCUGCUUCAGUGGAUCAGGGAUUGAUGUGUUUAAAAUAAAUCUGAAAUGGUUGUAAAUACUUGAGAAAUUUUACCAAAAUAAACUUGCUCUCUAACGCCAUAGUUCUUAUCAUCCGUGGGAGCAUUUGUUGUACAGCUAUUAAAAUGGCUAACCAAUUAAUACAUGAAGCUUUGGACUGGUUUCAGAAGUACUCAGUACUUUACAGACCACAGAUUCUUUUGUAAGUUCAGAAUAUUUUUUGUUCUUUUUUUUAACAUCCUUAAACUUUUGUUGAGAUUUUAAAAAAUUAAUAUAUCACUAUUUAUAACCAUGAAAACCCCAGACAGACAGAUGGAAAGUCAGUCUCCUUGCCUACUCAUGUUUUGUGGAUAAUAUACCACAGAAUGUUAGAUAUUUCUAAUUAACUGAAAAAAAUUAUGCCAGGCUUGUGUUUACUGUGAUAUUGUGUAGUUUAGGAAAUAUUCUAUGAGUGAAAAUUUAAACUGACAUUUCAGAUUGUUUCAAAAGUCUUGACAUUUUUUAUGGCACUUUUUAGCUUCCUUUAACUCCAAUAUUGAUUUUCAAUAUUAUGGAAGGUGUUAUAAGGAAUAGAUGUUGUUGGAUAUUAAGCUAUUUCUUUGUAACUGAUACAAAGUAUUUAUGAAUUUGUUGAUAAUAAUUCAAGAAAACACCAUUAAUAAUCAUGUUAAUUUGUGUAGUUUUCUUCUAAGUAAGUCAUAUAACUCUGAAAUAAUUAAGUUUAUAAUUAUCACAUCAUGUUUUGUUACUGAAAAUAUGUGAGUAAAAGGUGAUGAGUAGGAAAAAUACUUACAAAGACCGAGCAUUUCUCUCGCUCUUUCUGUGCUGAUCUGUCGUCCCAAGGGGUUUCUUUUGUCAUGGGGAUUUUUAUCAUUUUAACAUUUUCUUGAUACGAAGAAUUGGUUAUUGAAAAGAAAAGUCAGUCAGAAGGAAUGAUCGAGACCAUUUCUUUUAUACUUUCUGAUCUUUCUUUAUUACUUGUAUCACAUAUCUUGCGACAUUUUAAGAAUUGUGGCUUUAGCAGCUGCUACAGUAGAGCACCAGAGAUGUAUUAUUCAGAUAAAAUAAUGGGACACCUGUGGCAAUGAUGUUUAUAAUUUCUCAGUACAGUGGCUGUAAAAACAACAGCUAAUUACAGAAUUGCCAAACAGAAGCAUCACAUGUACCUGUGUGAUGUUUUGGCAGCUCGGUAGAACUGAGCAGCUCCUGUGAUUUUAUGCUUUGUGUAGGUUCACUUAUAUAUGUCCAGUUUUUGUGUAGUAUUGUUUUGAAUUUUUGGCUUGUGAUCACCCAAAGUAUAAGUAAAAAAAAAAUAUAUAUAUAAUAAUAAAGUUACUACCCACUUUAGAAAAUUUUGUUAUGUGAUAAAGUGUACAAGGCCAACAAGGUAUGAAGCUUACAUUACUGAUUAUAUUUUUUAUUGUUUACAAGCAUAAUUAGUCAGGGUUAUGUUAAUUUAUCUACUUUUUUGGCCAAAAAUAUCAAAGAAUAUGAGCACAGUGUUUGGCUGGCUACAUUAUACCUUCACGUUCAACUUUAAAGACGUCUUUCCACCCCUGUGAUCUAAUUCUUUAAAGGGGAUUUGAUCUAAUAAAUGUAAUUGAUCCGGAAAAGUACUGUUUGUCAAAUGAAACCUUUUCAUGAGAAAGGAAGUUUUUUUUUUUUUCUUUCUUUCUUUCUUUCAUGGGAUUUUAUUGGGUUUUAAGUUGAGGGUCUUGGGAACUUAAUUUCUGGGAACCAGUGGUUAUUAUUUAAAGUACUGACACUUGUCAGUGACCUGAAAAGAAGUGUCUCAUUUUGUGAACAACUCAGUUCUAGGUGAGUUACCCGAGGAGGGCAUUAAAUGUUGAAAUAUCCUUGACUUUGGUGGUCCACAGGCCAUUAGGUAAAACUGCAAGUUUCAGCUGGUCUCAUAGAGAUCACAACUGAUUUUGUAUAUUGUGAGUUGUUUGUAUGUGUGGGACCUGUAAGCUUUUGCAGACUUUUACUUUUUUAUUGUAAUUAUUUUUUUAUUUAAAUUUCACAAUCGUAAUAUUGUUAAAAUUUUGCUACUGUCAGCCACAAAACUGCCAUGGCAGUGUUGCACUUUCAGAGACCAGUGUUAUCACUCUAGAUUUAUUUGAUAGACUUGAACCCAGAGCAGGCACAAAAAUACUUACAGCAGCACCCCCUGAGGUGGCCACACUGCCUGGUACGUGGUUCACAUAUCCUAAGCUCAGGACGGCUCACCACAGCCAUCUGGGAAUAACUCACAGCAGCUUCCAUUGACCCACACCCUUCCAAGAUGCAAUCCAAAUACCCUCCCAAAAGUAAAACUUAUCCUUCUCAAAGUCUUAAUCUCAGAUACCAUGAUACAUUUCAUAAUUAACAUAUUACUCUCUAAUUUAAGUAAAACCAAUUUGUCAUGGUGUUCACUCUCUGAAUGUUUCCCACACUAACUUCUGUAACUGACUUAUCGUAUCUCCAACUUCAUGCAUAUGGAAAUUUUCACCUUAACCUAACAUGGUAUACCUAACACAGAUUUGCAGUACUAGAUCUCAUUUUGUAGUGCUUAUCCUACAGGCAUCAACAAUAACAUGGUUCUUUCUUUUCACACAAUACACAUUAAUUCAAACAUCUUAGUAAGAAAUUCAGUAAGAAAACCAGUAACAGCAAACAUCCUAGAUGAUCAUCCUGAGAGCUGGCAUUCACACCAUAUUGUCUGUAAUAAUCUGUCAAGGUUUACGAUAUUAUAGUUUGGAUUUCCUUGAAAACGUAAUAUUCCACAAUGGUGAAAAUGCGGGUGGGUUAGGAUACACUAACUGUGAGGCUAGUCUCCUGGAAAGCACCUGAAAAGAGCUGCAACAGAUAUCAAGAAUAUAUCAUUUUAGCAUUUCACAGUCCCUAGGUAAAAUGGUCAGUUUUGUGUGAUGUUGAUGUUAAGUAAUGUAUAUAUGAUUGAAUGUUAUUAUUUGGUUUUUCACUGUUUCAAUCUAGAAGGCUGUUGUAUCUUUUUCCAUAUGCAGUCAGUGUAGCUGUGAAUGUGAUUUGUUCUUCACUGUGCCAAUCUACCUGUGGCCCCAGCUGGUUAAAACUGGUCCCAGGUUCUUUUUGUAAAUAUGGUAUUAUAUUUAGCUAGCAUUCUAUUCCAAGAGAAUUGUAAUUGCAAGACAAUCAUCGUUCACAUUUCAGCUCGUCUUGACUUAGAGAGCCUGAAUCAUUUUUAUGUUGUAUUUUUGUAAACCCUACUUCAGUUCAUGUAUGGACAGACCAUCUUGUAAGAGGCAUUGUCACAGUUUGUUAAAAACAAAAAUGCGAUGUACAGAAAACAGUCGUUUAGAGAAUUGUUCAUGUAAAUAGCAUGUAGUGAAUAAAUCAGUUUCAUAAGA